CGAGCCACAGUCUCGGACUCAGUUAGAUGGUGUGGUCAUGGCGGAGCGGCGGGUGGAGUGUAUGUGGAAGAGACACAUCUCCGAGCAGCUGAAGCUCAGAGACCGAGUGCAGAGACAGGCCUUUGAGGAGAUCGUCCACCAGUAUAACCGUCUGCUGGAGAAGUCAGACCUGCAGGCUGUUCUGUCCGAGAGAUACCAGACUGACAAGUAUGACGUCCAGAGGGGACACGAGGCCAGUUUGGGUGCAGACUCGAGUCGCAGCGACGCCCUGCAGCAGGAAAUGGCUCAGAUGAGAAUCAAACACCAGGAGGAGCUGACGGAGCUGCACAAGAAGCGAGGAGAGCUGGCUCAGAGCGUGAUCGAGCUGAACAACCAGAUUCAACAGAAGGACAAGGAGAUCCAGAGCAACGAGGCCAAGAUGUUGGAAUACCAGCAGCAGAUUGCCAACCUGGAGGGAGACUGUCGGGACCUGAGGAGCUACCUGCAGGACCUGGAGAGGGCCAACCAGACCCUGAAGGACGAGUACGACGCCCUGCAGAUCACCUUCUCUGCUCUAGAAGAGAAGCUGAGGAAAACCACAGAAGACAACCAGGAGCUGGUGUCCCGCUGGAUGGCUGAGAAGGCUCAGGAAGCCAACAAGCUCAACGCUGAGAACGAGAAGGACAGCAAACGCAGACAGGCCAAACUGCAGAAGGAGCUGGCCGACGCUGCCAAAGAGCCUCUGCCCGUCGACCCGGACGACGACAUCGAGGUUCUGGCGGAGGACGGAGGGAAGGGCGGUGGAGAGACGUCACCUAACAGACCGCUCAGUAGGACUCCCAGUAAGAAAAUCUUGCAGCCUCCUCCUGGCGGUCUGCUGGACUCCAUCUCCAACAUAUUUGGCGUGUCUGAGUGUGUUCAGCCUGGACUCGUCCCACCACACUCCAGCAGGCGUCGACAUGCAAAUUCUUUCAGCUCGUCACCUGAAAACACUGAAGCCCCCUCAGGAGUGUGUGCAGAGGUUCGAGUCCCUUCAACAGCUCUGCACGUGUUUGAAGCCCAUGAUGGCGAGGUGAACGCAGUGAGGUUCAGCCCCGGCUCUCGUGUCCUAGCAACAGGAGGGAUGGACCGCAGGGUGAAGCUGUGGGAGGUCGUCGCCGGUCGCUGUGAGCCUAAAGGAGCUCUGACCGGCAGUAACGCUGGAAUCACCAGCAUCGAGUUUGACAGCACUGGCUCGUACCUGCUGGCUGCCUCUAAUGACUUUGCCAGUCGGAUCUGGACUGUGGACGACUACAGACUGAGGCACACCUUGACAGGUCACAGUGGGAAGGUGCUGUCAGCUCGCUUCCUAUUGGACAACGCUCGAAUUGUCUCUGGGAGCUACGAUCGAACGCUCAAACUGUGGGACCUCCGCAGCAAAGUCUGUAUGAAGACGGUGUUUGCUGGUUCCAGCUGUAAUGACAUCGUGUGCACGGAGCAGUGUGUCAUGAGCGGACACUUUGAUAAGAAAGUGCGAUUCUGGGAUAUCAGAGCGGAGAGUAUAGUGCUGGAGCUGGAGCUGCUGGGCAGAGUGACGUCUCUGGACCUGAACCAUGACCGCACCGAGCUGCUCGCAUGCUCCAGAGACGACCAGGUGAAGAUCAUCGACCUGCGCACCAACGCUGUCAGACAGACGUUCAGUGCUCAGGGCUUCAAGUGUGGAGCCGACUGGACCAGAGUCACCUUCAGUCCUGACGGCAGCUACGUGGCCGGAGGCUCAGCUGAUGGCGCUCUGUACAUAUGGAACGUCCUGACGGGUAAAGUGGACCGAACUCUGGACCGAAACCACAACUCCGCCAUCAACUCGGUGUCCUGGUCACCUUCAGGCGUGUACGUCGCCAGCGUGGAGAAAGGCAGCAAGGCCAUCCUGUGGUCUGACAUGUGAUUGGCUGAAGUGCGUGACAGCCUGAUGAUGUGGACAGCAGCAGACGGAGACGCUGAGGAGACGGAGACGCUGAGGACAGCGGAUGUUUUUGCGUUGGACGAAGUAUUUGGUGGAGCUGGUCUUGGUUGAACUCGGCAGCUGACAGACUGAAUCAGACUGUUUGUGUUGACGUCUGUCCAGCUGCUUGUCGCUCUGCCUUCAUGUCGACGUGUUGAACAUAAAAACAGCUUGAAUCACAUGUUUAUGUUUAAUCUUUUUGAUUCAGAAGCGUUUGAUGUUCCAGAAAAUCUUGUGUGGUUUUGAUUCAGUUUACUGAGACAGAAACUUCUUCCAGCUGGAAGCGAAGGAGGAUUCGAGAGUUAAUAAUAAAGUCUUUAACAGUGAA